GGCCCGCGUAUGUCAGCGGGAUCCUCCCGAAUCCUCGCAAAGCGAGUUCCACAGAAGAUCUGCGAGGUAACGGAAGAUGUGCAAGAUUGGGAGAACCAUCUCAUUUUGCGAGUUCCAAAUGAUGUUGCAGGCCGGGUGGGUGUUCGAGUUAUUUUUGAAUCAUUUUUCUCUUUUGUUCUCCUUUUUCAAGCCUAUUUGACAGGGUGUUGUGCGGUUCCAGAUCUGCUUUCAGAAUCGGAUUUUUACCGGAAUUUUUCUCCAGUACAUCUUAUAACACGUUUUCAUAUUAUUCGCAUUCAGGUGGAUGCGAUGCUUGCUGAAAGCCAGAAUAAAGAAAUAGAUGACUUAGCUGUCCAGUUCACUUCUACAGACAUGAGACACGCCAAUGUACGACUUGGAACACAUAUUAUGAGUGCAAAAAUCUAUGAUCUACCUUGUAUCACCGAGGUCACCAAAACCCUUGACAAGAAAACGCUGUACAAAGUUGCUGAUCUGUCCCAGAUUGUUGUGUGUAGCCAUGAUUUAUCAGUCGAUCCUGCUGAAUCACAAAUAAAGCCAGGGAGUAAGAAGGUAUGUCGGAAUGUCAAUCUACAUCUGUCGUGAAU